CCUUAAAAAGCUUGUCACGCGAGCGUCAUGGAAUGCUCGUUGUGCGGAGCUCCGGCUAGGGUUUAUCACGCGCCAAGAGGGAGAAUGCUCCCGGCAUAGUCGAGUAUGGCGAAAUCUCUGCUCGCAUUGGGCUCCAGGCACCAGCGCCGGCUCUAUUCGUCGACUUCGAAGCUCACGCAUCAUGGAAUCCAUGUCUUGCAGUGCCCGGAUCAAGUGGGAAUUGUUGCAAGGAUAUCGGAUUGCAUCUCUGGUCACGGCGCGAAUAUCACAAGCACGGACAUUUUCGUGGACAUGGACUCCCGCGAUGAGCCGGUUUUCAAUUCACGAUGUCAGUUUUCUUUUAAUCCCGUGCAGUGGACGCGGGAGGAAAUGGAGAGCUCGUUCCAAGAGAUUGGGAAGCAAUUCGUAGGGAAAUCAGUCGUCAGUGUUCCUGGGAUGGACAGGGAUAUGAAAGUCGCCGUCUUCGCAUCUUUGCAGGAUCACUGCUUGGUAAAUCUGCUCCAUCGCUGGCAGGAUGGAAUGCUUCCAGUGCAAAUAGAAUGCGUGAUAAGUAACCAUGCUCGAGGGGAAGAUACUCACAUAUGGCGCUUCUUAAAGCGUCACGGCAUUCCAUAUCACUAUCUUCCAACAACGAAGGCGAACAAAAGGGAGGACGAUAUAUUGGAGCUUGUUUCCGGGACAGAUUUCCUGGUUUUGGCUCGAUACAUGCAGAUUCUCUCUGGUGAUUUCAUAGCUCGCUAUGGGAAGGACAUCAUCAACAUCCAUCACGGAUUGCUACCAUCUUUCAAGGGCGCCAAUCCAUACAGACAGGCUUACGAAGCUGGAGUGAAGCUGAUCGGUGCCACAACGCACUUUGUGUGCGAGGAACUGGACGCUGGACCCAUAAUCGAGCAGAUGGUGGAGCGCGUCUCACACCGUGACACACUGGAAAGCUUCGCCAUGAAAUCCGAGAGCCUCGAGAGACAGUGCCUGGAUCGAGCGAUCAAGUACUACUGCGAGCAGCGCAUCUUGCGAUACGGUCGAGACAAAACAAAGACGAUUGUCUUUGCGUGAUAGAAGAAAACGAUAAUAAAGACGCCAAAAUGGCUUCUUGUA